CCACGCGGAAAACAAGCAUGCGAAACAUUUUCCGCCCGGACGACUGAGACUGUAGCACGCUGGCGAAACUUAAAACAUAACUCACACGCGCCGGGAGAGCAGCUCUCCGUCCUGACGUUACACGGUGUUUAAUGGGAGAGUGCUCUGAGUCAUUACCCGUCAGAUCAUGAACAUGUCGGAGGAGUCAGACGCAGCGGACGCGAUGGAGAAUCCUCCACCUUCGAACUGGAUCCUCCACCAUCCAGCCUAUCAGCUAAUGAAGAAUCUGGAGGUUGAGGACAGCGAACAGCUCCACACAGCCUUCCUGGUCUACAUGGAUCUUAGUGAGGUGCGUCAUUGGAAAGAGGUGUCUUGUGUCAAGAGUCCUGAGCUGCAGCUGGUUUUGCUGGAAGCGAGGGAGAAGGAAGGAGCACCCGUCCAAACCGUUCUUCCACUGCCUGUUCACCGACCUCUCAGCCACAGAAGCAUACGUCACGUGCUGGACAGAGGCUUCCCCAUGCUGCUGUGUGCGGUGGCUGCUGACUCCACCCUGGUCUACCAGAGGAUGACUGACGGGUUGGUGACACCUGAUCCCCCCGUAGGACCCUUCCAGGAUCUGGGACGCCGGCAGCAUCGGAAGAGACGGCAGCAGCGCUGAGCAGCUGGUGUGAGGAGUCAUGAAGGUCUGUGGGUUGUGAAAUGGUCGACCGGAGCGUGUGGCGAUUUUCAAAGGCGAAGAGCCAAUUUCUGCAGUUAUUAACAAGAAAAAGAGACAUUCAUGUGUUUUUGAAUGCUUGUGAUCACCUCGUGAUCCCUCUCAUACUGACCUCUAGGAAUCACCGGUCUGGUUCAUUAUUUAAAGAAGGUGUGACGAAACACAGGUUGGUUCCCCUUCUUGAAAACCUUUGAACUGGACCUGAGGAGUUGGAUCCCAGUGAACAUUUAGAGUGCAUUGGUUCUGAUGAUACUGAACUUUUGAGGCUCAUACAACAUGUCAUGUCAUUAAUCAUAAAGACUUUUUUUUUUUAACCAAAGACCUAACAAUAAAAUAUCUGAUGAGGAUCCCUUC